AAUGUCUUGGUACAAAUAAUUGGGUAAUUCUGUUAAAGAAUUGAGAUUUGUGUUUUGCUAAACUUGUGGUAGAUCUGAAGGUGUUAGGUAAAAUAAUGGAGAAUUAAUUUAUAGAAAUCUUGUCUCUAAAAAUUAUUGGUAAUGGAAAGAAUCAAAUCCAAAAUUCCCAUUUGUUGUAAGAGAAUGUGAAUCGAUUGAUCCAUAUAUUCUUAUCAGAUAUAGUAUUUAUUAAUUGAAUUGUUAGAAUAUGGAGUUGAAAAGAAGGCCUUGAUUGGAAACUUAAAUGAAUAGGAAUUAGAAUAAGUCUUAGGAUAACUUGUUGCUUAAUCUAAUAAAGUUAAUUCAACUAUAUGAAU